UAGAAGAGACUCGCGCGCUCCCGGCUGCUCACUGGCUUUGCGGCCGCGGCGGCUCCUCUGAGGGGUCGAGCCGGAGGAAGGGUCUCGGGCGGCUGCUCGGGCGGCCUGCGGACGGACGGACCGAAGGGUGGGCUGAGCGGCGGGCCCCGCGCCCGCUGUCUCCCCUGCGCCGGCGCCCGGCGGCGCUAUGGCCUCUUCCCCGGGCUCGGGCAGCGCCAACCCGCGGAAGUUCAGUGAGAAGAUCGCGCUGCACACGCAACGGCAGGCCGAGGAGACGCGGGCCUUCGAGCAGCUCAUGACCGACCUCACCCUGUCGCGGGUUCAAUUUCAGAAGCUUCAGCAACUGCGCCUGACACAGUACCAUGGCGGAUCCUUACCGAAUGUGAGCCAGCUGCGGGGCAGCGCGUCCGAGUUUCAGCCCUUCCAGCAGGUGGACAGCGUACGUGGGACCCGCCACCACGGGCUGGUGGAGAGGGCCUCGAGGACCCGCUACCACCCCCUGCACCGGCGUCCUGCAGACAAGCCGGGACGACAAUUUGAUGGGAGUUCUUUUGGAGUCAGUUACCCCUCACAGCCCCUGGAUGAGAGCUGGCCAAGGCAGCACCCUCCUUGGAAAGAAGAAAAGCAUCCCGGCUUCAGGCUGACAUCUGCGCUUAACAGGACCAAUUCUGACUCUGCUCUCCACACAAGUGCUCUGAGCACCAAGCCCCAGGACCCCUACGGAGGAGGGGGCCAGUCGGUCUGGCCAGCCCCAUACACAGGUUUCUGUGACGGUGAGCAUGACGGACGUGGGGAAGGGGUCCCUUUCCCAGGCCCGGGCCAGGGCCUGCUGAAAGAAGAGAACCUGCUGACAGUCCCCAAGCCACUGCCCAAACAGCUGUGGGAGACCAAGGAGCUCCAGUCCCUGUCCGGGCGCCCUCGGUCCUGUGAUGUUCCAGGUGGCAACGCUUUCCCACACAACAGUCAAAACAUAGGCCUCACGCCCUUCCUGGGGACCCUGAACACUGGAGGGUCGCUGCCGGAUCUGACCAACCUCCACUACUCGGCGCCCCAGCCGGCCUCCCUGGACGCCGGCGACCACCUCUUCGGGAGCAUGAGCAUGGGGAACAGUGUGGGCAACCUCCCUGCUGCUAUGACUCACCUGGGCCUAAGACACCCUUCCGGUCUCCAGAGUUCCCGGAGCAACCCUUCCAUCCAGGCCACGCUCAACAAGACAGCGCUUUCCUCGUCCAUGAACAGCCACCCGCAGACGUCCGCUCCCAGCGCCGCUGCUCUGCAGCCUUCGCUUCGUCUCUUUUCCCUCAGCAACCCGUCUCUCCCCACCACCAACCUGAGCGUCCCCGCUCGGCGCCGGCAGCCGCCCGUCAGCCCCCUCACGCUUUCUCCUGGCCCGGAAGCUCAUCAGGGUUUCGGCAGACAGCUCUCUUUGACCAGCCCACUGAACCCCUACCCUGCCUCGCAGAUGUUGUCCUCCGAUCGAAGCCCACUUUCCUUCCUGCCGAUGGAAGCGCAAACUCAAAGGCCCCCGCCGCCCCCUUACCCCACGCCCCAGCAGCUGCCCCAGCCUCUCCUGCAGCAGCCCUGCAUCCAAGAGCCCCCUGCUCAGCAGCCACAGGCAGUCUCCGCACUGCCGCAGCCGGACUUCCAGCUCCUCCCGGACCAGGGCUCCGCUUUGACCAACUUCUUCCCAGAUGUGAGCUUUGACCAGCAGCCCUUGAGACCGGGCCCAGCCUUCACUCAGCAGGUGCCCCUGGUGCAGCCAGGCCCCCAGGAACCACAGGAUGCAUUUCAUCCGAGACCAAACCUGUAUUCCAACUGCGGGAAUUUCCCGAGCAAUGCCUUGACAGAAGACUCCAAUUCCAGCCUCUUCAAAGACCUCAGCAGUGCACUGGCGGCCAUGCCAGAGGUCAGUCUGGGUGUGGACACUGACACUCCAUUUCCAUUGGAAGAAGAUCUCCAGAUUGAACCCCUCAGCCUGGACGGACUCAACAUGCUAAGUGACCCCAGCAUGGGCCUGCUUGACCCCACUGUUGAAGAGACAUUUCGAGCUGACCGACUGUGAACAGAAUAGAACAGAACAAGAGAACUUACGUCUGAAACAGCUAAAAUAAAACGGAAUAUAGUGGAGCCAAAUACACCCCUGGGCUUUAGUUAUCUCGGGCUUCUGACGCGGAAAGAACCGAUUCUACGGCCCCUGGCUUUCUGCCGAGGUCCGUUCUCAUAUACCACCGUGGCUUAUUCCAGACCGCAGAGCUCUGCACGGCCUCUCAGGCCGCGGCGCCCGUCAGGCGGCCACAGGCGGGCCGACUCGGAGCGUCCGGAGGGGUGGUGAUUACAGUCACCACCACAUCUUUUCGUGGGCUGUCUAGUCGGUCGGCGUGUGAAAGCAGCGAAGACCGCGGACCGGAGGGCCCAGCAGCACUGCGCGGUGCUCGGAACCACUGAUCUCCCUCGACGCUGCAGACGGGGCCUGGCUGCCGUGGGCGGCAGCUGGGGCUGCGGGCCUUCCGGAGCCGGCGCAGUGCUGAGCAGCGGUACCACAGCACCACGGGCCUUCUCUGCCCUCGCUGUCACGGCUGGGCACCUGCCAGCUCCCGGCAGGGGGCUCGGGGCAGCCCGGAGAGCCGCUGCACCCUCGCCCCCAGAUGCCUUAAUUCUAAUAUGAAGAAGAAUUUGCACCACGAGUCCCAGAACAGACUUGCGUUAAGCAAGCUGAACAGUCAUUUGUUUUCUUCCCAGUUGUAAUCUCUUUUCUGCUGCUUCGGGUCACCUUUUCCUAUGGACCAGGGGAAAAGGCAGACUGUUGUAUUCAGUCACUGAAGAAGAGUCCCCCGCUAGUGGAUGAGCCUGAAGAGAAAGAACAGUGCUUCUUGGGGGCCGUGGAAGCCAGAGGGGGGCCCGAGGGCAUCUCGCAGACACCCCGCGUUCUUCAGACGCGCUCUGGGCCGCCCCAGACGGGCUCGGGCCUCCUUCCGGACACACCCCCUGGAGGGGCCGGCUGGAGGCUGACUGGGGGCCGGGCGGCGGCAGAGCGAAGCUCGCUGUCUGCGGGCCGGGAGCGUCAGCCCCCCUGGACCUAAGCCCCUCGAGGGCAGGCAGGGCCUGUGCCUUACUUACUCAUCGUCGAAUCCCUACUACCAACAAGUGCCUGGCACUGAACAGGUGCUCUGCCGCGGCAGGUCGAAUGCGUGAACGAAUGUGCGCGUGGAUGGACAUGAGAGCGAAUGCGCGAUCUGCCUGCUGCGAGGCGGUCUGACCUUCAGCUCUCCCUGCCCCUUGCCAAGCCCCCCCCCUCCCACCGAGCUGUGGCUUCCAGACACUCGUGCCUGUGGUGAAGUCGCGCAUGCACUUUAAUAUGCUUUUAACACUAGGUGACCAAACCCGCCGCCAGACUUAGGCGGGCACCUGCCUGUCCCCCUUGGGCUGCGCUCCACCGCAGGUAGGUGCGCACCGUCUCCGAGGGCGUUCGGCCUGGCUGAGUGAGCUGAGGCCUCCCAGGUGCCUCAGGGGUCCUGGCAGGCCCCACCUCAAAGUGCUUCCCUCUCAGACCCAUAAUUUUGCUCUAAUUGCUUUAAAAUAGACAUUCAUUCUUUGAAGAAAUUCUGUAGUAAAAUGAAGGCCUGGGUCACGAAAUUAUCAUUAGUUAUUAAUAUCUUAGCACAGAAUAGGAUUACCGUAUUUCCACCACUGCCUGCCCCCUCUAACCUAGGCUAGGCCAGCCCCUGACCGGAAGCCUGACGGGUGGAUUCGAAGGGGGCCGAGGGGGCGGGCACUGCUGAGCACCCCUGGGGAGGGGUCUAGGCAGAAUUCGGGCACGGCAGACUAGGUGGGGAGGACAGGGCCACUGAAGGAGAGGUGAGACAUCCCGGAACCUUUGCCUAGACAGCCACUGGCCUUCCAGGAGAUACCAGGAGUGUUCCUGCCUGAGGGCCGCUAGGCUGCUCCCAGCCCAGAGCAUCAGGGCCGAGCCACGCAGGUCUGAACCCGACACUGGUGCACCUCGUGGCGGGAGGAGUCUGUCCUGGACGGUGCCCUGGACUGCUAGCCUCUCCUGCGCGGGUCCUGUUCCUCUUCAACCUGCUGGGGCUUGCCUGCCCGCCUUCCUCUCCGAGAGCCCUGAUGGGGUGCCACUCCAUCUCUCGCUGGAACCCAAGGCUUCCCACUUUACGUCCGCCCCCAGCCCCCACUGCUGAAUCAGGAAAUCAAACCAGAGUCCUCCUUGCUGAGUGCUGGCCCAGGCAGGGAACGCUGGCCUCCCGCUCCCAGCUUUAUUCCAGUCGAACUUUCAUAUCCCUUUAUACUCAACACCUCAGAAGGGUGUGGGGAGCGCUCUGUUAGAGUAAAGGGCCUUUCCUUCCAACGGUACGCAGCACCCCACUGUGCCAAAGGAAGCCGACUGCCUCCUGCCUUUCCCAUGUCCAAGGCCCCAACUUCUGGUCGGGCCUUUCAGACUGGGAGUGGUGCUGAUGUUAGAAGAGGUGUUUAUGAGGAGCGGGGGUCCCAGCAUAACUCACAGUGCCUUAAGCACACGGUCGCUGGGGCGGGCGUCCCAGCCCGCUCUGCCUGCAGGGCAGCCCCACCUCACCGACCUCCAGGACAGCUGUGCUGCCCGGGGCCUUGCUCCAGGCGGCUCCUGGCCUGGGGCCUCCCCCGAACGGUGACCUGUUUGGGGAAGUAUAAGAAUGGCAGUGAGGUUUAGCACUGGAUUCAAUUUACCCUUAGGUCCAUCAGUCCGAUCUUUUCCUGUGAAAAGGUCUUGGGCAUUGCACAACCCACUUUGCCUACCUGGUGUCCAGGGCAGGUGGCUGCCGCAACCGUCGGCAGGUAAGUCUGCACUCACUGGUGCCUUUAAAACAAACCAAGUGUGAGCCUCAGCACCUGAAGUGGCUGCAUACUAAAUAUUUUGCAAUAUUUAGAGUUACAAGAAAUCAACAGCUGUACUACUCAUUUACUAGCGGUCAAACAGCCUAGAACUAAAGCCUGUCUGUGUUUCCAGUCUUUUCUUUCUCUACGGUUGUGGUUUUUAGAACUUAAGGUGUUCGGAGAAAAUUUUCUUCAUCAUGUCGAGAUGAACCUAAAUUCUCCUUUGUCCCGUUUCCUUUCUCCUAAGUCUACUGUACAUUACCUGAGCUGAACAGUGUGUAUUCCGGUCUGUUUGCAUAUCUGAGGACGUUUCCAGCUCUGACUCUCGCCGCCUCUUAGGAUUAAUGCACAGACGGUCCCGAGCGAGUCCGCACUGCUCGUGACGGAACCUUCGCAGCAGCUAAUCAGCCAGUGUCCUAGUUCCCAGGCCCCUUGUUAAACAAUAUUUAAAGAUUGGAAUUUGUAUAAAGUAGCUUCCAAGUUUUAUAAUGCAUCAUGUUACAUCUUUCGUAAUUAAAAGCACAAUGAGGUUGU